UGCUUCAACAAUUUCUGCUGCUCGCGCUCGGGUCGUCGUCGCUCGUCGGUUCUGAGGCUGUCGCCGUGUCUUGGUCGCGCCGUCGUUCGUUGAUUUGGUGGAAAACCUCGCGAGGAGGCUGCGAAAAAAACGCACAAAAAUUAAAUGAAAACUUCCGUACGGGAUUGCGGUGCAGUGAGGAAAGCGUUGCGCAAUUCGCGAGCCAGUGAAAUUCACGUGCAAAGUGACUCGGGUCGGGACCGUGGGUGCAGUGGAAUUGCGUGAAAAGUGCGUGUGGAAAGUGUGGCCGGACGUGAGCUGCGUGAAGGAAGUCCAAUUGGCCGAGGAGCGGAGGAUCGCCAGACGUGGACCGUUGCCGUAAAUGCUAGAAGCGUAGGAGAGAUAAUAACUUGCGGCAAAUUUCGAGACGGCGCCAUAUCACUAACAAAUGUCUGAUGAGGCAUCGACGGGACGUCUCUCGCAAAUAUUCGAUUCGUUAUCAUGUCUGAGUGAUCUGGAAAAGCAACAACAGUCACCGCAGCAGCCGCAGCAACAGCAAAACCAAUAUCUCCACCAUCAUCAUCAUUCGCGGUGCUCAACAUCGCCGUCACCGUCACAAAAUCAAUUUCAAUAUUCGAAACAGUUUCAAUCACCUUCGGAUCCUAGUCAUAACUAUGUCACAGGCACGAGCAGCAGGACUCAAACCCUAUCAUCGACAUCGUCGCAAAAUCACUCUCUGACUUCAUCAUCGUCGACGUCGUCAUCACCCUCUUUGCCAAAACGUUCACACUCGUCAGGUAGUAGUUGCAAUCUAGGCGGUGCGAGUGGCGGAAUUGGGAUAUCGACCGCAUGCAGUUCUCCCAUUCCGCCGUCGCCAGCCUCACGCAUAUCUACCGCAGGAACAUCACAAUCAACACCAAAUAGUCCACGCCUUAUGCCAAGGCGCGUGCAUCGGGCUCCACCGAUUCCAGCCCGUCCGAAUGCCGCUUUGAUUGCAAAUCCCGCACUCGCCGCUUUAGAUACCAAUGCUCCUUGGCCGCAUUUUUCGUCAUUAACGGAACAUUUGGAUGUUCAUCAGGUGAAUAACUACACGCAAGCAUUACCGGAGAUCAACUGGCAGGAGCGAUGUCUUGAGCUUCAAUUAGAGCUUCAUCGAUCGAAAAACCAGGCAGGACGAAUACGUGAUAUGCUUCGCGAAAAGCUCUCCGAAUUGGAACAAAGGGUCAUAGAAGCAGAGGAGAGAGCAGAAGAAGCCGAGGACAAGGUCCGGGCAAUGGAACAACGACUAAGUGAAUGGCCAAAAACGAAUACAUCAGGAUCACCAAAUCAUCAGUCACAAAAUACUGCUAGCAUUUCGAACGAUGCCGAGAAAACCAUAACAAAUCUGGAAAUUCAAGUCGAAGAGCAAAAGCAAUUACGCCUACAAGACGCGAAACAAGUGGAAGCGAAAGCUGCCAAAAUCAAGGAGUGGGUCACAAACAAGCUUCGUGAACUGGAAGAACAAAAUCAAGUGUUGCGCGAACAGAAUGUAAAGUGCAACCAACAACUCGAAAUAUUGCGCAAUCAUAUAGCCAGUAGUACCUCUGCACGACACAGUAGCAUUCAACAACCAGUUCGUUCUAGUCUAAGCUUAGAAGUACAAGAAUUUGGCGACAGUCCUGGAAAUCGGCGGCGCAGCGAAUCUUUAGAACCGCCUGAGAACCGGACGUUAGCUAAAAACUACCCAUUGCACCAACACCGACGCAAUCUCUCCAUGGAGCCGCAGGAGCUGGCGCGCGAUCUAGCGGAAGCGGUAGAUGGGCUCAGUAUCAUUCCUAUCCCUCGGGCACCUAGCCCCAACAAUUCAGAAACGGAUACACUUCAUGAUUAUGCAGAGAUUUACACUCCUUCCAGAGAGAAGCUUCCGCCGUGGAUGAAGAAUAACCCCCAGUUUCUACCAAGCGGUGGGAAUUCGAGUACAACAACAACCACUACAACCAGUGACCUUGUAGGUGAUGCCACAGCAGCAACCGCAGCUCGGCCUCCUACGCCACCGCUUCACAGGUUCCCAAGUUGGGAAGCAAAAAUCUACCAAGUAGCGAACGAUGGUCUUGCAGCGGGAGAAGAUGCCGAUGGUCAAGAAUCUACAACGGCCAGUGCGGGAGGAGUAGGCGGAGGCGCAACAGUUCCUGGAAGUAAUGCAAACAACCGGGGAGCACAAACUGCUAGUGGCGGGUUUUGUGAUAUUAGUGUACCCGUCUAUGCCACUGUAAAAGGGCGUGCUUCUCAAAUACGUUCCAUGCCAUUCACCGGUGAUUCAAGCGAUGAUUCCAGCGACGGUGAGGAGCAUGCUGUGAUGAUGACACACAAUUCGCACAACUCUUCAAGUACGGAUAACACUGAAACAAGUACAUCCGGUAGUGCUUCCAGUCCAUCCAAAAGUCUAAAGACAUCAUCUAGUCUAAGUCCGGCAAAGCGUAGUGGUUCGGAAAGUCCUAAAAAUAAGACUAGAGUAAUUUCAGAUACUUCAUUUGAAUCAGGCAUGUCUGACGAUUAUGCGAUACCACCAGAUGCUGUCUCCGAGUCAACCUGCAUGGACGCCUCAAUGCCGUCACUCUUGAUGCGAGCCUCGUACGCCGAUUCGCCCAAUAAGAAGUUGGAAUCUCUAGAGAAGGUCGGACAUUUAGCGAAACUGGGCGGUAAACUGAAAACUUGGCGGAAACGUUGGUUCGUCUUGAAGAACGGCACUCUCACCUAUUGGAAGAGCCAGCAUGACGUGAAUCGGAAACCACAAGGGCAGAUCAUGUUGGAUGAAGCUUGUCGGAUUAAUCGUGCCGAUGGUGCAUCUACUUUUGAAAUUGAUACAGGGAAGAAAACGUACUAUUUGACGGCUGAUUCUAUUGCAACAAUGGAGGAUUGGAUCAGGGUCUUGCAAAAUGUCCAACGUCGUAAUGCAACCAAACUUCUUCUAAGUAGAGAGGAUCAGAAACCAACUGUACAAGGUUGGGUGACUAAAGUGAAAAACGGUCACGCCAAAAAAUGUUGGUGUGUACUACUUGGUAAAAUGUUCCUGUACUUUAAGGCUCCUGGAGAGACGAACCCAUUGGGACAAAUUAAUAUGCGUGACGCACGUGUCGAAGAAGUAGAACAUGUUUCUGAUUCAGAUUCCGAAGAACGUGAAGAUCCAGCACAAAGUCAGGCUCGACUGACGGUUGCAAUUUAUCCCGCCCAUCAAGGUCCCACAUAUUUAAUUCUACCCGGCAAACAAGAACGUGAUAACUGGCUAUAUCAUUUGACAGUAGUGUCAGGCGGCGGACCGAAUGCUGGUACUCAGUACGAGCAAUUAGUUCAAAAGCUAAUGGAAACUGAUGGAGAUCCGAAUUGUGUAUUAUGGCGUCAUCCUAUCCUUCUACAUACAAAAGACACAAUCACAUCACCUCUAUCUUCACUACAUUCUGAAUUGUUGCAAUCGGAAGCCAUUAAACUAUUCAAGUGUUGUCAACUUUUCAUGUCGGUAGCAGUGAAUCAACCAGGAAUCGAUUAUCAUGUCGUUUUGGCACAAAAUGCUCUUCAACAAUGCUUAGAUAUGCCUGAAUUACAAACUGAACUGAUUUGUGCAUUGAUCAAGCAAACAUCACGACACACCGGACAGAAAUUAGGUGUUGGGGUCCAGGUAAACAAGAAACUGGGCAAGCAAACGCGCCAACUGCUAUUGUGUGCGACCCAGAGCCUAUUCACUUGUGAUACGCAGCAAGGGGGUGCAGCACAGGCAAACGGAAGCUCCCCAACAUCCAUUCAGUAUACAUUUCAGGCUCCACCCUCUGCACCCAUAAUCGAUUGUAAAUCGAAUCCACCUGCUUACACGUUUGUACAAGGAUGGCAGCUACUAUCGUUGGCCGUUUCGCUUUUUGUUCCUAAAAAUAAUCGUCUUCUGUGGUACUUAAAACUGCAUCUGUCCCGAAAUGCCGAUAGUAAAUCCGAAACUGGCAAAUAUGCAGCGUACUGUGAACGUGCCUUGGAACGGACCAUACAAAAUGGUGGACGUGAAACGAAACCGUCGCGUAUGGAAGUUCUGUCGAUUCUCUUGAAGAAUCCCUAUCAUCAUUCGUUACCUCAUGCGAUUCCAGUUCAUAUGAUGAACGGAGCGUAUCAAGUCAUAUCUUUUGACGGCUCAUCAACAAUAGAAGAAUUUCAGACUACACUCUCCCAAGAGAUCGGUUGCCGCGACGCCGCCAAUGGAUUUUGCCUCUUCAGCGAUGACCCCAUUGAAAAGGAUCUGGAGCAUUAUCUUGAUCCUCAAGCAAAACUGUGUGAUGUAAUCUCAAAGUGGGAAACGGCUCUACGAGAAAAGGGCUCCGGAAAAUUUGAAAACUCGCGAGUUAUUCAACUGACAUACAAGAAUCGGCUAUAUUGGAAGCAUUCUACGAAAUUCGAAACUGACAAGGAGAAAUUGCUUCUUUGCUACCAAACCAAUCAACAAAUCGUACAAGGACGAUUCCCGCUAUCUAGAGAACUGGCUCUAGAACUAUCCUCAUUAAUGUCACAAAUUGAUAUGGGUGAUUACUCGCCAGAAAAAUCUAGAGGUUCAGGCAAUAUGAACGCAUCACUUCAAGCACUGGAUAAAUUUUAUCCGUAUCGGUACAGAGACGCACUGACUCCAGAACAGUUGAAAGAUAUUCAAGAACUAUUGAUAUCCAAAUGGAUUUUAUUGAAAGGACGCUCAACGUUGGACUGUGUGCGAAUAUAUUUAACUUGUUGUCGAAAAUGGCCAUUCUUCGGUGCAGCUUUGUUCCAAGCGAAACCCCGACAUUCCGAUCAGGCGAUGGCAUGGCUGGCAGUAUCUGAAGAUGCAUUAAACGUCCUAGAAUUAUCUUCAAUGGCCCCUAUUGCCCGUUAUCCUUACACUUCUGUUAUGACUUUCGGUGGGUGCCAAGAUGACUUCAUGUUAGUCGUGGGUUCCGAAGACACAUUAGCAACCGGAAGUAAUGAACAGAAGUUACUUUUCGCAAUGAGCAAACCAAAGAUCCUAGAAAUCACCUUGCUUAUAGCUGACUACAUGAACGCGCUGGGCCAUACAUUGCCCGGAACACCUCAAAUGAAUACGCUGACGCGCAAUGGUUCCCACCGAAGUAUACGAUCGCGACCAACUCAUGGUGGAGGUGGGGCAUCAACAAACGCCACUACAACUGCCCACAACACCCUGAACUCUCAUGCCACUCAUACGCUGAACUCUCAGCAUUCACACACUUUGAAUUCAUCCCACUAUAGUGGAGGUAGUCACCAGAACACAAUGAGUUCGUCCCAUGGCGGUCAACCUGACAUAUUGAAGAGUACACCAGAUCACCAGAGGCUGAAGUGAUCCGGCCGAGGGGCUGACUAGCAUGGCGUUAUACGAGUGAAAUUUACAAAUUUAUAGUGAACGGAAACAAUAGCAAACAAGCAGGUAACACGAUAAUGCGACGACGUUCGAUGACGAUACUGUGAUUGUAUGAUCUUGUAGACGAGGGAUGAGAAACUUAUAUUACAACAAUUGUAAGUGUAAGCUUUCAACGACGAUACAAUGACUCAAGUAUAAAUCCUUAAAUAAGUACGAAAUCGAUUUUAUAGCAAGUAAGGAAGAGACAUGAGAACACAUUUGUAAAUACUUACAUGCAUAACUGAUACAAUUUAUGGGGGUCAUAUCGUUUCUUAGUUUUAUAAAUUGACAUAAGGCAGAAGUUUUUGUGCUUCUUAGGUUUCAUUUAUUUGUUAGAGCAAAUAGAACAUAGAAGGGAAGCUAGUCGCGAUAUACUCGUAUAUUUUAUUAAAGCUACUAAAUACUUUAUAACAUUAAGCUACGAGCUAUUUUGUUUUACAAGACCUUUAAAUUAGUUCAAAUAAUCUAAUGUUUUCUGUGUGUCUACGCAUCAUGCUCAGAACUUCUUGUUGCCAGAUCCGAAGACGAUCCGAAAACAUUCUUUGUUCUAGUCGUUUUAAUGAGUGUUUAUUAUUUAAUGAACACGUUGAUUUGGAACGGUGUCUACGCUUGGGGGAAUAACCGGAAAAAAUAUACACCAAAUAGGGUUGGUAGUAGAAGUCACGCUUUAUCGGAAGUGGCACGACAGUAAAGUGGGUAACACGCAGAUAAUAAAGGGACUGUUUUCCCAACACUUCAAUUCAAGACAAACGGAAAGGUAGAAAAGAAUAAAACUUGAUUAACUUUAUAGUCUUUGGAAAUUCUGAAAAGUUUGAGACAUUGGAAAUCUUUUGGCCCCAAUAUAGCCUUACUCAUUUUCCCCAAUUCAAAUCAAUGUCUCUAGGUUUACUGCGUGCUUCUUUGAUUGGCAAGAAAUGACUCCUCCGUUCCAGGUGAACACAUAUUCCAUAAAUGAUCCCUUGUCUCUCUGUCCCAAUAAGCAUCUACGAAGCCAGUAAGUAUAAUUUGCUGAGUGCUGAAAACGGUGCCAAUCCUUCCAUCUCCGCUCAGGUGCUUUCCAGUGACUCUUAUGUUAUUGAACUUAAUCAAUGUUUUAGCUGCGUUUGAUAUAACCGCGUCGUGAGAGAGAGAGGUGUCAAUCCUCUUUUAACUUUUCCGCAGGGAGAUUCUAUUUCAUUUGGUUUGGACAAAUUCGUGUUUCUCUCAUGCUUUUUCACUGAAGUUGUGGAAGCUUUGUUUUCACGAAUGAUACCCCCUGAUAUCAUAAUAUGUGACAUUAAAUCGAUGGAUAAACACUUUUCAAUGUGCAACAAAUACAAUAGCAAAUCCAGUAAACUACAGACGAGAACAGGUGCGUAACUCUCAUUAAAAGUUAUUCCUGGUAGCUGGUCGAUAUACAAUAUACCCAAUAUCAUUGUUCAGGAUGGAUGUUAUUUCGAUAUAUUGCAUUGCUGCAAUUUCUCUCCCAAGAUGCUUCAAAGGAAUACCGUGCGCUCUUCCUGGCUGCGUUUUUUUCCCGGAAGCCGAGCGAAAGAGACCCUCUUCACCGUGCACCCGACGUUGAGGCUAUAAUGGUGUAUGCCUGGCUUGAAGACAUCGAAGGGGCGCUUGUAAGGUGGCUAUUGCGGCUUCCAAAAGGCGGUCGUCUUAAUUAGGACAUGCAUGCAAGAUUCAAGCCCAAGGAUCAUCUAGGGCCAUUAUACUGGCUUUCAGCGUCCUGUGCCAUCUUUCAAGCAUCCCAUUGAACUGCGGUUGGUACACGGUUGUCCGGUGGCGUUUGAAGCCAUGGAGUUUGCCCAUCUCUGAGAAAUGGGAGGACUCAAACUACAUUCCCUGGGUUGCGAUUAUAAUUUCCGGCACACAAAAGCGUGGAAUCCAUUCUUGACAAAGGGCCUCAGCACAAAGUUGUGCAGCAAUGUCUUUCAGUGAGAUCGUCUCAGAUUACCGCGUGAACUGAGAAACCGUUUGCGUCUCGAAGGCACCAAUGAUGUCGAGGUGGAUUGUGUGGAAACGCUUGGAGGACGAGGGAACACGCCAACAUAACUUGCGAAUGAUGUUCGAUAACUUGUUUGAUUGAAAACUUCUGCCAGAAUUCCUGAAAUACCGGCUACGUCAACGAUCCUCUUCACUGGGCAUCUUUCUCUUUUUAUUAUCAAAACUGGAGUAAAUUUUAUUCAAACUGAAUUCUACUGUCGGUUGUCUGAGAAGUGAGGCCGCUUGUAUCAUCAGCUGGAAGAAGCGUUGAAGUGAAACGAAAAUUCAAAAUACUCCGCAGGAAGUUCUGAGACGCAAGAUUCGUUUGGGAUCCGGGCGACCUCUCGGGUGAGUCUAAAUACUUAUGGUUGCAAUAAAUAUAGUGGCUAAGGCAGAAACGAGAACUUUUUUGACGGCGACAGUAACCUGUGGCACACAAAAUCUGAGUUGAUACAAUCUUUUCGUCGCGCUUGAGACUCCGCUUCAUGUGCACCCGUCAAUUUACACUUGGUUUCACCAAUUCUUACUUAUGUUAAUAUUUUAUUUUUUAUAUUCAAUUAACAAUCACUGUUUCUUUAACUGCUUAAAUUAUUUUGAGCUUUUUAAAGUUUAAUUACAAUAAUAAGCUGGGUACGGAUCUCCACCCCUCCAACUGUUGACCACCACUCCUCUGAAUCUUUUUUGCACUGACAUCGAAAACCAAUCAAACGUCAAAAAUUGUUUUUCGUUGUCAUGGACAACGCGGUUCGCAGUUGCGUUCGUUCGACAAGCCUGCUUGCGCCGCCACAGUUGAUAACAAACCGUCAAUGUUUAAUGUUUAUCUUGGAAAUGAUUACAAUGAGCACCUUCAAGCGAUUGGACCUACAAGCUACGCCAAAGUCGCUUGCAACUUAAUUCCAAGUCCGGAGAGAUCUUUUUAACGGUUAGAUUUUCUUUUCUCGUUCCGUGGUAUGAGGUCGAUUUUGUUCCUAAAUACUGAUUGACAUUCGAUAACCCAGUCUGUCCUCAGGGGUGGUCAGUUCCGGGUGUGGCCUUUGGUGAUAUUUUGGUCGCAACCGACUUCGUCUUGUUCUUAAAUUUUACUUCCUUUUAAGUAUUAAAUCCGAAAUACUCUAAAAAGAUUUUCUUCAGAAGCUUUAUGAGCUACAUCGCCGAUGAGGUGAUGUUCCAAUCUCUACAGGUGGUUAGGACUUGGUCCUUUUCUCACGGUGCUUUCGCUAUGACGUUAUCUCGCCCAAGCUGUGGUGCAACAUGUAUCACUGAUUCAAUGAGAAUGCUUCAGUAUUCCAAAUUUGGGGAGCAUUCAUUAAAAUGUGAACCGUUUAAAAAUCCAUAUGUCAUUUAGUAUGUUUGUAUGUUUGCGAAAUACCACAUUUUAUACUGGUGGUCGAAACGAUUGAUCUUGAUCCUCAUCUCACUGAAAAUUGUACGAAGAAUUCUAUGAGUCUAGGGGGUGAUUCAUAUAUUUGCCUUUGGCGGUUUAACUGCAAGUGAAAUACUCAUUUUUUUCCAAUUUUUGCUUGAAAUCUUGAACAAUUUCGUUUUUUUUUUUUUUUUUUGUAAUGUGGUGCUGAAAUGAAUGCUAGAGGCUUCAAGUCUAUCCAAUUGCUGGUCUCUACUGAUGAUAUCCACACAGUGGGAAGAACACGGGAAGUACAGACUGUCUUCGUUCAGGUGGAGCAAGCGGUGCAAGAUCUUGGGUUUGGACUUGGUUCAUGGUAUGAGCAACACAAUCCAAUAGUACUAGCGAAUUGGAAAAAAGGGAAAAUAUAGGAGACGAGAGUUUGAAUUAUUCCGAACCUGCUAUUCUCAUAUCUUCUUGUCAAAUAAAGUUACAAGCUGUUAGCCGCAUUCGAGAGGAGAAUAUAUGAAGAAGUCUAUGAGCGAUAUCCCGAUAAAGUAUGGCUCAGUAGCAAAUGGCAAAAAAUAGAAAUACUUCCGGUCUUGGCUAAUUUUUUUCAAUUCAUAUUUAAUAAAAUGGUAUUUCGAGAACCAUCGAGUGAAAGGUCAGUAUUAGUCCCUGAAAAACCAUUUUUGUAAAAUAUUUGUAAAAAAUGUUAGCCAAGAACUGAACUUUCUUCCAAUUUUUUCAAUUUGUUGAACAUUGACUAAUCUAAAUACUUCAAAUUUUGGUAUCUGUCAUCUUUCCCGAAAGAUCAUAGUUCAGUCAUUCAAUCGUAGUCAUAGCUACAGAGAGCGCUGAUUUGCUUCAUUGGAAUGUUCACGUUAAAGGAGCCUUUUUUCGCCUUGCCGCGAUUUCCGCCGCCUUGGGAGUGCGACAUUGGUAGAAAUUCAAUAUACCGAGAAAACGAUAAAGCUCGGGAACAAUUCGGACUACGGGUAACUUUGUCAAGUGGUUGAGGCUAUUUAACGCCAUCCAGGUAAGAUCUAUUAAAUGGACAGUUGCGCAGAAGAUAGUACAUUCAGCGUUGGAGAGAGAGAGUCGUGUUAUUUUAGCCCAUCGAUGAACGAGUAAAUUCGAAGAGUUUGAAUGAGGUGGCGACCGCCGCUUUUAGGAUGUUGCUCUCGGCGAUUGCAAUCGGGCAGAAUGCUUUACGAAAACGAACAACCGAGAAUACUUCGUCGCUGAUCUCUUGAUAGGAGGUCUUCAACGAUUGGAAGUGGGUUUUGAUCCAAGGUAAUACAGACGUUUGGGGGUCUCUCAUUCCGCAUAACUCGCGAUGCACCAUCUGCCUUCAUAACGGUGUACACUAGGGUGGUCCACUGGUUGAAUGAGAGGGGGACGUUGCCCCAGGUUGAGCGAACCAAAAAUGUGGAUAGGUGAGGCAUUGGCUACACAAACCAUAAGAAGCUGACCCUGACUGCCUUCAUUGAUUUGAAAAUCUCGGAAGAAGGGAAAUAAUAGAUCCCAAAUCGAAAUUUUUGGGCGUAGUGCGAUCGAAAAUGUACCAGUGAUUUUCCCCGGGAAGAGCAGUGUUAACUUCUGCCACCUGAGAGGUGGUCAGUAUUUUUCCGGAAGAACUGGACUUCUUACGAAUUUUUUUAGGAACACAGAUUCUCCUUGUGUUUCAUACGACGAUGUUUGUUUACGAGACAUCUUUUAUUUCACAAAUUUGACAUACAAACAAUGUCUUUUGCUUGGAGGGAGAAGGAAGGAACGUGUGUUACUGCUAUGUCGGGAGGUGAUAGUGUUGAUUGAGAAAACUGGACACGGCUUAAGCUGCAACUAAAAACAUGACUAGUUUUAGCUGGAUGCUUUCAGUCAUUAAAGUGAUUGGCUUGGCAAUGUCUCGUCUUAAGUAGCCAGCGAGUUAAUGGAGCUGUUGUAUUUCUUUGCUUCUAAUAUUUUCGAUAAUUUAUUCAAACGUGUGAGUGUGCUUGUAAAUUAUACUUUCAUAUACACAAAAAUAUACAAUACAAUUUCGUACGAUUUAAUUAAGACUUCUUUGGAUGGCUGUAAGCCACCUGCCCUUUUAGUGAGCAAUUACUAUUCUGAAAGGAAAUCAGCAUUUAUUUUAUUCGGUUAGAGCGUUGUCAUCAAGCCUAAUUUUGAAAGGAAGAACAAAAUCUAGAUUCUGAUCCUCGAAAUGUAGAAAUGAGCUUAUGAGUCCAAAAUCAGUCCACUUUGAAUUAUUUUGCUAGAUUAAAUUUUUAUAAACGCUUAGAUGCAUGGAGCAUAGACUUCCACCUCAAUACGUCCACAUUAGCUCAAUAGGGAAUAGUUUAGAGUGUAGCCACAUUUUACAAACGCACAAACAACAAUCUAAAAUCUCGAGUUGACUAAGAUAGCAACGUUUAGAAUCUCAACACGUCAAUCAAUCUUCCAGCAUUCACUGAAGCAAUGCAUUUUGUACAAUUUAUUACACCACAUUAGCUAGCAAUCAUCGAUAGUUGUAAAGAGUCAUUGAUUUGAUUUCCGCAGAGAAAAAUAUGGCCCCCAUAAACGAUAACAUACCCAAAACCAGCGUCUACUUUGGCAACUACUUUUGCGUUAGACUUAGACAAAAAUUGAUACGAAAUCGAAGUUAAACAAGAACACACGAGCUCUUAUAAACCCAAAUGUUUGGGGCGACAAGAAGGUGAAAACCAGUUACAUUCUUUAGGCUGUAAGCAACUUUUAUACGAAUUCAGAAGGAAUAUUAUAUACUAAACACCCUUAUACACAAUGAAUAACGCUACUCUAUCGAAUAUAACUAUUUGUAUUAGUAAGUGUACGACUUGACAUAAAUCAUGAAGUAUUUAAUUAAAGCUAUUGUAUUUAGUGACUGUGUAAUCAUUACUACUUUUAGAUAAUGUUUUACUCCCGUGCGAACCUUUAUAUAUAUGUUGAUAUAGAACCAAUGAAAUCAUUGACUACAGUAGUAAAAAUGUUGAGGGAAAUGCAAAGUUUAGCGGAUAGAGUGACAUUAUAUAAAAUAUUGCAAGCAAUUAGGCAGCAACACCAUUAACGAGUGAAAUAUUAUCAGUAGGGUGAUUACUGACUAGAAACGUGGAGAACACCGAAGCCUCGAUUAUCGGACAGGCCGCUGUAAAUUAUGACAGGUGAACGGUUCUAGCUUACGUUCGGGCAAGCAGCAAUGAGACCAAAUUUAUGUGUUGACGUGUGAGUUAUUAGUUUAACCCAAAUCUAAGUUAAUGUAAUUGCUUAGGCAGAAAAGUACCAAAGAAUAUCCAAAUUAGCAGAUAUACGUGUGUCUAUCCGAAAGUUCUCUGUCCCUUGUGACCGUCUAAAAUUUGCUCAACGCUAGCUUUCAUAGUACACCUUAAUUUAAAAUGAAUAGUGGAGUCUCUGGGUUGCGGCAAGCUAUGGACCGCACUUACGAACGUCUAAUUUUGUCCAGUUCAAUCCCAUCCCCCACUCCAAACCUAUAACACUUCGACAUGCUCCUAUGCAUGAAUGAGUAGUUUUCCCGCAAAUGAGCUCGAAUGUAAUCUAGUUCUGUGUGAUUGAUUAAGCAAUUAAAUUAACACUUAUCCUAGUUACCAAUUCGGAAAAACUGCUGCUUUUAAUAUAUGUAAAAAUAAUUGAAAGAAAUAUAUAUAGACAUAUAUACUUAUUUAUAGACAUUUCAAAUCGUUUCAUGAAUAUAUACAUAUACUUUCCAUGAUUCAAUAUUAACUUCUUCGAUAGGUUUAAUUUUUUAGGCUCUUUUCUGUAAUUUUUUAUAGUUUUAUUUCGAUAUUAUUAAGCAGGAAUGUAAUUCUGAUAUUGAACUGCGAAAUGCAGAGCAUAGGAAAAAAGAUAUAUUGUACAUAAUGUGAACUUUUCAACAAGGAAAUCAUGUCCAUUUUCAUUUCUUUUUGAUGGACCAUCCGGAAAGAAUGAUAAUAAUGAAAUGGUUUAACUCUUUAGUUUUAGAUAUUUACCUUCAUUUACAACACAUCUUCAAUAAUGAUUGUAUAUUUCCAGAAAACACAAAAGAUAUUAUAAUGUAAUGAAAGAUAA